AUGGAAAGCUUUGCACCAUCAUCCACGUACACGAUGAUGCCUGAAUUGGUUCCAUUUAUUACCGGUUUACCAGAAAUAAUUGCUGGAAUUGCCAGUUGUGCAGGAGCUACGUACACCAACGGAUACUAUGUGGUUGACUGCAAUAAUAUAGAUGCUAUACCAGAUUUAGAAAUCUCUGGUAUUCCGAUAUCAUCGGACAUGCUUGUCACGAAGAUAGAAAACAGAUGCAUUCUCGCAGUAGAUACGCAAUUAAGCAAUGGGUUCGGUCCAGAUAUUUAUCUUGGCAUUCCGCUCUUCAAACAAUACUGUGUCUUCUUUGAAUACGAGAGAAAAAUGAUUGGCUUAGGCAAUGUGAAAGGUGCUACUACGCGUCCCAGUCCUACCCUCAGGUAAGC